AUGCAUUUUCAAUCAGCUCUUGCCCUGGGCCUUUUAGCUAACACUGUCACAGCUGCCCUCACGAGCUGCGGUACCAAUGGCUCUAGUCAGGCUUUGAGGGGCCUGUCUAAAGAACUGCAAAAUGAACCUUUGGCAAUUCGCGGCCAGAGAAAGAAUGUCGAGAUUCAGACGUUUGUACAUAUUGUUGCAGCCAGCGAAAAGGAAGAUGAUGGAUAUCUUACUGAAGAGACUGUCAAGAGUGAGAUCAGCCGACUGAACGAGGCUUAUAAGCCUUGGGACUUCUCCUUCAAGCUCGUGAAGACGACCAGGAUCAUUAAUGAAUCUUGGGCGGACAACUAUGGUGAUUCACCCUUCGGGAACGACACUGAGCCUGACAUGAGAGCAGCUCUUCGCGAGGGAAGCUACCAAGACUUGAACCUAUUCUUCGUCAGAAACAUGGUCCCUAAUGGCAAGUGCGAGCUCCCUGUCCCAGAUGUGACAGACGAUACUGUUCUCUGGGACGGCUGCAUCAUGAGAUCUGAUAACCCUGGCGAGCUUCCCCCCACCUUUGGCAAGGUCACUAUCCAUGAAGUUGGCCACUGGUUAGGCCUUGAGCAUACCUUUUUGAAUGGUUGCGAGGAGCCAGGAGACUACGUCGAGGAUACCCCUUACGAAGCUUUCCCUGUUGGGGGUGAUUCCUGUGCCGAGCCUGGCCGCAAUACUUGUCCCGAUAAGCCUGGUCUGGAUCCUGUCGACAACCACAUGACAUAUGUCAAACAUGAUUGUGGUCCGCUGAGGUUCACGCCUGGUCAGGCUGAACGAAUGCACAAGAUUUGGAAGAAGCUUCGUGCGAACUCGGCGAUUUAG